UUAUUAUUUACUAUUGUCAAAUCUUACCACUACAGAAUGCAAAACAGCGUUUCUGUGAGUCCAUCCGAGAAUUUCAAAAUGAAUUCGGCCAUUGUUCUUGAUGAAACGGACCCAACCUCCCAAAACAACCACGUCGAAUUCACACUCAAAACCUUGAUCAAGAAGAAAUUUUUGUAUAGAAUGAACAGAACCACUCAACUGACAAAGCUCAUGAAUCAUUCAAGUGAUCUUCACGCUUUGGAUCCUGAAUUAUGUAGAUUUAUCUAUAAAGGGAAGCGGCUAUGCAGAAAGGAGACUCCAAAUGAGCUGCACAUGGAGGAUGGGGAUAUAAUACAUCUCGUGCACCGUAUUGGCCCCCCAACCGUAGACCUCAAGGUUAAAGAUCAGGAUGGAUAUGAAGCUUCCUUCACAAUUCUUAUGGAAUCUCGAUUGGAGAUGCUUAUGGGUUUUUACUGUCGUCAACCUCGUUUGGAAAUUAGUGGUGUAGUUUUUCUGUACAAUGGGUGUCUCAUUCGGGCAGAUCAGACUCCAAGUGAGUUUCACAUGCUGAAAAACGAUGAAAUAUAUGUGGUUUCCUAUGAUCAGAUUGCACUCAUCGAACUAAAGACAAAGUGUCAGAUGACUGCUAAUGUCGAUGAUAAUGACUCAAAGCUUUGGCCUGAUUUAGAAACUAAAGCUUUCAUAAACAUUAUGGUUAACGACGUUACAUUUGGAUAUGGUGGAUAUGGAUAUGACUGUAAGUCAAACGACGUGUGGACCUCAAGGACUGCUGCGUUGAAUUUUGUUACAAAUCGUUGCUAUAAAAAAGAACAACUAAAGGCAAAAAUGCAUAGGCUACAAACCAUGUAUCGUGAAUUUCAUUCACUCUUGCAAAACUCUGGAUUUAGGUGGAAUGCCGAAACCAACACUAUUUCUGCAAAUGCAGAGGUUUGGCAAAAUUAUCUUCAGGCACAUGAUAAAACUGCCCAGUUUCAAAAGAAAGGGUGUGACCACUAUAAAUUGUUGGAAAUCAUAUUCGACAAAAAUAAUGCUAGCAGAGUAUAUCAUCGUUUGCCCACCCAAGGCUCCGCAAAUACAAAUGGAGAAAAUGAGUUUGAUAAUGAGCCCCUUAAGACCGAGAGUGAGGGUCAUGUACAUGUUGAUAAUGAUAGUUCGGACGAUUAUAUACAAGAAGUUGAGCGCAUCAAGCACAAAGGAAAACGAAAACUUUCAGUAAAAGAUCAUCAAAUGGGAGAUGCCCGUGCUGCAUCUGUGGCAAGAGCUAAGAGGUAUAAGGGUAAAAAUGUGGAGGCUGCUCUUUCGAAUUCAAAUGUAAUGUCAUAUUGUUCUAUUACUAAGUGUGUGGCUAAUCUUGAAGAGAUAGAAGACAUUUCCGACGAUAUCUAUGUGAAAGCUUUGGAAAAGUUUAAAGAUUGUGAUUGGAGGGAAAUGUUUAUUGCCAUGUCUAAGGAUAGGAGACGUGGAUGGCUAUUGAGACUUUAAGGAUACAAUUUUUUUUGCAUGUGUGUUACUACUUACUAGUAACGAGGCAUACUUCUCUUAAUAAUUUGUUUAUGGUAUUAAUGGUUAUGUUCUUCUUUCUACUUGGUGCAUAAUUGUAAGUAUAAUUAAGGGAUAUGUUUAAUGAAGAGAAAAUUAUUACAUUUUUAUUUC